UCGACUGUUGCUUCUCAGCCUUUCUCCGUGAUUGCGGGGUCGGGUCGCUUGAUGCCUCGGGUGGCGGUGGAGACCAAUCAGCAUCCCCGGUUGGCCCGACUCAGCGGCCACGGGAUAACCGGUUAAAUGCAGUGGGCGCGGGGACUUGCCGGGUUGGCUCCGAUCGGUCGGCUUAGGAACAUGUUAAGUGGUACUAGGUAGGGUGGUAGUCAAAGUACAAGCAAGGUACAAAAGAUGUCCUCCUAAAAGGGAAGGGUAGCAUCCUACGAUGGAAUCACUUUAAAAGAACCGGACUGGGGGUGCAUAACCAAGGGGGCAUAACCAACUAGGGACCAUGGCCACCGGGCUGCACAGGCCCUUUGAGGCUUGAAUGUCAGCGAGUAGGAGUCUCCGGGAUCGUGUCGAUCGGGUACCAUAUCCCUGGUGGCAACCAAUCCCGUCCAGGGUAACAUACGGUUUUCCGUUCAAUUCAGUCCGGUCGACGAUACUCAAGUCGAAAGAACAAGGAGGGAGAGCUUGUGCUGCAGAAGAUGUCCGGCCCAGUGACCGCCUGGCGAAGGGGGUGCUGAUCCUGAUCUCAUCUCACUGCUCCCCCGCGGGGAGAUCCGAUGCAGGGGGAAAAGAGACACCCGAGGAAAGAAUCGCCUCCGCGACGAGGCGAACGAGAUCUGGGGCACGAAAACGAAAAUCGAAAAAGAAGAAAAGGUCUGGUCGUGUCAGCCCUGAGCUUCUUGGCCGGCCCAUCAGAUGUGUCGAUACCCGAGGUUCAUCGCGAAAGUGGUCGGCUGAGAAUCAGUUGCCGUUGCUUUUUGCCCCUCCUUGUCGUUCUUAUUUCUCCGUCUUCUAGCGUUCGCCGUCCCGUUGGCUUGACCGGGGGUUGAC